CCUAAUUGUUGUGAUAAACUUAUUAAAUAGAGAACUAUGUAUAUAUUGCUGUACAUAUUAUCUUUGAUGACAAAUGGCGUGUUUUGUAACCUGGGAAAACCUGCGGAGCAGGACCUCAACAUGAUUUUCGACAUGAAGCACCAGUAUAGCUAUCCGGAUGGUCUGAGGUCCACCAGCAACCUCAACGGCGACAGAUGUUUCGACAAGGUGCGUUGCUUCAUGUCAGAGUGGGACUACAUGAGUGAGUUCUCGACUGAUCUGAGCGCCACUUACCAGUCUCUAUUCUGGGUGGUGGAGCCUCCUUCUGAGUGGUGGAUGAAUGCGGAGAAUGACAAUGCAAACUACUCUGUCAGUCUCAACUGCAGAGCACAGAGCUACGACUACGACUCACAUGUGUUCUACGAGUGGCGUAAAUCGAUAACUGGCGGCCAGGAGAUAAGCAUUGACGAGAAUGACCCAAGGAUAUCGAUAGUGAGUGGUCGGCUCAAUAUCCACCGGCCGAGGAGGGAGGACGCAGGAGUGUACAGGUGCUACGCCAGAAACAGACUGGCCACUAUUGUCAGCCGGGAGACAAGACUCAGGGCAGGCACCACGCCCGUGAAGCGAGACCGUUUAACUGUGGCCGAGAGACGGAUCACCUUCACCACCUCCGAGACCCAGCGACUCAUGUGCGAGGGAGAAGUCACUCCCCCCAGAGGGGUGCCUGGACUGCAGUUCAUGUGGAAGAGGGACUACACUGGACUGGGAAAUAUGCCACUGCAAGAGUACAUCACAGAAACAAGUGACUUUAAUAAGUUUGUACAUGUGAGGAAUGGAGAUCUCUACUUCCUCCAACCUGCGCCAGACGACACAGGACUGUACACGUGUAUGUAUCGCAACAUAUUUGAACCCAUCCAACUGGACGGGGCUUUCGACUGGGUCACCACCAAUGCACUGGAUGUGACCUUCAGCAGUGGGUAUCCCUCGGACAAGGAGCCAAACAUAGUGAACAGGGAGUCCAGUAUAAAGAUCCAGAGGGGCUUCAAUCUCACACUCACUUGUGGGUUCAAAGCGGGAGCUACUGGCACUUCCUACAGUCGUAAGUACUCUGUGACGUGGGACCUGCCCUCUCAGAGACCCCGUGAUGCCCCUGAGCCCCUCUACCUGAACGGGGGAGUGAAUCUGUUCCUGGAGAAAGUGGAGCUGACAGACUCUGGAGAGUACAGGUGCACUGUGUUCGAUGAUGAUAGCCUGCAGAGGAAUUUCGAUGACUACGGAUUCCAAGUCACUGUUUAUUCUGUCCCCUUCCUGCUCACAUCUUUGCCCAAAAUGAUCGCCCUUAGACCCGGCCAGGAGAUGACCCUGUCUUGUGAGGCUAAUGGGGAGCCAGCCCCAACGUACCACUGGUACAUUGAUGGAAACAGACAGAGGUCAGUACAGGACAACAGUUAUGAGAUCACUCUGGCGGAGAUAGGCAACAAUGGCGUGUACCAGUGUGAGGCUUCGAAUGAGCAUGGGUCAGUGGUGAGUACAAGCACAGUGAGAGUGCUGUCGAUGGAGCCUCUGUUUGAGUACCAGUUGGAACCCCCAGUGGAUGUGAAUGUGGAAGCCGGACAGGGGCAGAUAGUGCAGAUACACUGCAAGCCAUUCUCUCUAGCAUCACCUGUCUUCCAGUGGACCAGAUCCAAUCUGGUUGUGAGUAAUUCGACAGGACAGUUUCCCAAGUACACAGUGUAUCCCAAUGGGACUUUACUGAUCACCAAUGUGCAACAGGACGACGCCGGCAGCUACAUCUGCAAAGCCACAGCCGGAGGAUCAAGGGAUAACACCUACAUGUUGAGGGUGCUUCCACCCCUGUCCCUGGAGACUGGAUCCAGUGCAAUAGAUGGCAGCCAGCAGUACACAGUGCUUCUCAACAGGACAGUGGACAUGCAGUGUAGACUGAGAAGUCCAAGCGAGACUGACGGAGUGUUCGUGUGGCAACUCAACGAAAGAAUACUACAAUUGACGCCUCCACAUCAAAGGACUCAAGUGGAAAGGUAUCUCUCCAAAUUGGACGAUAUCUUUGGCUCUCGCGAUCUGCAGUACAAGCUGAAGCAUGGCUUUGACCUUGACCUGAAUAACCCCCCUCCCUACUUCUACCCGGAGAACAUAGGAAACCCGUACUACCCCCAGAACGGGUGGGAAGCAACUUCUAAGCAGCCUCUGACCGGCGGAGGAGCUUUUCCGAAUAAUGCAAUCUACAACCAGCAGUUCAUGUUGAAUGACGUGUUGCGGAAGGCGGAGCAGAACGACCCUUUCAAUCCGUACACAACGAGUGAGCUGUACCAGAGAGAGUUGAGAGAGAGACACUUUGUGACUCUGAGGUACUACGAGACAGACAUCCCCUGGCACGUGGACAACGAUCCACCCAUAGACCCACUCAGUGCACACUACAUCAGGCUGCAGAAUGACAGCAGUGGGGUGGGGGAUGUGCAAGUGUACAGGGCACAGAAGUGGCAGCAGGGGGACUACAAGUGCUGCUACCUCACCCCAGUCUCAUCCACAUGCACCUCACUCAGCCUCAAAGUACUUGAUGUUCCUGGCCGUCCCGGUAACGUGAUUUUCUCAGUGGGCGACUACAUGCUGAGGUGGGGCAUCCCCGGAGAUGGCAACUCCCCCAUCAUCUCAUUCAUCAUUGAAGCUGCAAUUGAACCAUCCGCACAGCUCAGCUCACAAUCAUUCGUUCAACAGCAGACAAUGGAAUUGGGCGAUGUGCCAGAAAUCCCCUUGCCGGAUAGAAAAGAGUUCCACUUCAUCAAAGAAGUGGAGGGAGUGAGCAGCUAUGUGUCCCUUCAGUCGGUGGUGAAGCCCUACUGUCGCUACAGAUUCAGAGUCAUAGCCAGAAAUGACGUGGGUCUCAGUGUGCCCAGUGCACCCUCGGAAGAGUACCCCACCCCACAAGGAAGUCCUAUCACCAGAGUAGAGAACAUCACACAGUACUUCGGCAGUCCAGGAGACCUCGCAUUCCAAUGGAAAGAGUUAGACGAGACUGACUUUGGAGUUGCGUUCGACAUCAGCUUCCUCAUUACAUUCAUACCCCAAUUCUCAUCUGGAGGCAAUAGAAUAAACACAAUCGAAGUGAAGAACGCGCCCUUCAUGCAUCGACUGGCCAUUCCAGCAAAAAAUUUGAGUUCAGAUAUGAAUGUGAAUCCGAACAUGAGGAGGGAGUAUUCUGUGUCAGUGCAGCUGAUGAACAAGUUCGGAAGAGGGCCGAUGAGUGAGAGGACCACCAUAUACACACUGCCCAAUCCCCCCAGCAUGCCCAUUACAAAUUUGCGUGUGAUCAGAGACAGUGGCACCUCUGUGAAGGUGGUGUUUUUGGGAGUGGAUCUGAACACAUUCCCAGACGACACAUUCCAGGGAUACAUUAUUGAGUAUUGGCGCCAUGACAGCGAAGAGUAUGACGAGACGAAGCGAAUGUACGAACUGUCGCCGGGUAACAGGACAGAGUACAGAGACGAGGAUAUGUAUGUGUUCGAUCUGCAGCCGAGUAUGAACUACAAGUUCGUAGUCUAUCCAUACAAUUUAGCAGGGAGGGGACCACCUAGCAGACAGGUGUUUGGAGAGACAUACUACCAGGCUCCUUCUGAGACUCCGAGUAGCGUGGACGUGUACACAUUCAGCAGCAAUGCAGUCAGAGUCAGGUGGUCUCCCAUCAAGAUGACAGAGGGCGACUCCAAUUUCGAAGGAUACAAGAUCUUCUACCGGAAGUUUGGCCUGCCUGACAACGACACAGAAGUGUUCGACUGGAGAAGGAGAGACCAGGACGAGACAGAGGCAGUCAUCUAUGGACUGGAAGGAGGGGAGAGAUACAUUCUCCAGGUGCAGCCAUACAGCAGAGGAGGCUUCGGAAACAGAUCCGAACCGAUCUUGUUCCUCAUGCGAUACACGAAGUUCAACAUUCUGUGGCGAGAUGCUUCAGAGAAACACACAGUGGCCCUUUGGAUCCCACUUGUCCUACCAUUCGUCUCCUUCUUUUUCUCGUCCCUGUCUUAAGUAGAUAGCUUUAAAAAAUAAGCAGCAGCAAUAUUGGAAGUCUCAACUUUUUAGCACAUAACUGAAUUUCCAUUUUUAUUUCAUCAGCCUUUCCUUCGUUUAUCGAACGCACAUCUAUAGAAAGUAGAAGUCAUAAAUACUCGAUGCAAUAUGUCUGAAACAAACAGUAUCUGAAACGAUCGAUUGGAAAACUUGAAGUUUGCUAGUUUAUUUCGAAAAUGAAAAGUGAAAUAUCAAUUACUAUGAAUUUGUUUAUAUUCUUUGGUUUUAUGCUGUUCUAUCCUCUAAUAAUUUUUUCUUAGUUUUCCGCAUUUGUAAAAAGAAAUAAAAUUUCAUUGCAAUGUCAUGUCCUAUUUAUUAAUUGAUUUUAGAUUUUGUACAAAAUUUACUGCAUGUGCAGCUUCAAGUGUACAAUUUACUGUUGUUAGUCA